UGGACAUUAGACCCGAUGUUUAUCAUUUUUUUUAUUGAUAAGUUGGUUUACGUUCCAUACAUCUCAAAAGUACUGUAAAAAAUAUUUGGACAUUUCAGCAAAAUGUCGCUCAGACAACUUGUUGAAGGUGAUUGUGGAGGUGUCAACCCUCUGAUGCAGCUGGGUGGACAAUUUACACGCGACGCUGCACACAAAGAUGAUCUUGGUUCUCAAGCUGCAUUUGAGCGUAGCAUACGCCAGGAUGAACAGAUGGUUAAUGAUUUUUUGGGUCAAGUGGCAGGUCCACCUCAGUCAUUCCAAAUGGAGACAUUGCUACAGGAAAUGCGAGAAAUCGAGGGACAGGCUUGUCAACGUCAGCUGCACUCUGCGCCACGGGUGAUAGACGAAGUUUCUAGCCAAUGGUCCAGAGAAUUUGGAACACAGAUGGUUACUCCACAGCCACAGCAGCAAAUGGCACAUGUUCGGGAUUUUUUUGAAGAACCUGGUACCUCAGCGUCUUUCAGGGCGGGCAUGCCCUAUAUGCCUUUGUUUCAUUCUUCGUUGCCUAUGAUCGAACAACAAGUACACACAGGAUUAACUGAUAAAUUCUUCGAAGAGGCCAACGCUUUAGAAAAAGCACAAGACCUACCUGAAAGUCUUCAAGGUGAGGAUUGGGUAAACGAUUACAAGGCCAGUAAUGAGAGCAAUGAGCAGGCCGCUGCAAAUUACAAUGAAAAAUUCUGGCAACGACUGCAAGACGAAUGGGCAAAAAUUUCGGAGGAAUCUGAUCACCCAUGGCUUUCUGAGUUUGAUGAAAGCUACGAUCCAUAUAAAGAAUACAAAUUCGCCGAGGAGAAUCCAAUGAAGGAUGUGGAUAAUGCAUUUGAAAAAGGAAAAGAAUACCUGGCAAAAGGUGAUAUACCUAGUGCCGUUUUGUGCUUUGAAGUAGCUGUAAAUAAAGAUCCAGACAAUGCAGAUGCCUGGGAAUAUUUGGGUAUAACUCAGGCGGAAAAUGAAAUGGAUCCACAAGGCAUAGCUGCUUUAAAGAGAUCAUUAGAUAUAAGAUCCGAUAAUCCUAAGGUUUUGAUGGCGCUUGCAGUGUGUUACACCAACGAAAGCUUGCAGUCUCAAGCUGUGAAGAUGCUUACCAAUUGGCUAAAGGCAAAUCCUAAAUACCAACAUCUUGCUCCGUCGCAACCUGAAACUCCUGCUGACGCUGCUGCCCAAAUGGCAUCAUCACUAAUAGGAGGCAAUAAAUUGCAGGAAGUUCAAAAUAUGUACCUUGAAGCUGUCCGUAUAAAUCCCCAGAACGUGGAUCCCGAGGUACAAGAAGCUUUGGGUGUCCUUUACAAUUUAAGCUCGGAGUAUGAUAAGGCAGUAGAUUGCUUUAGAGCCGCUCUCCACGUCGAUCCGCAAAAUGCAAAACUUUGGAACCGCUUAGGUGCGAGUUUAGCAAAUGGUUCUCGCUCAGUGGAAGCAGUAGAAGCCUAUCAAAGGGCUUUAGAGUUGGAGCCGGGAUUCAUUCGUGUGCGCUAUAACGUAGGGGUCUGUUGCUUGAAUUUAAAAGCCUAUAAACAGGCUUGCGAACAUCUUUUAACAGCCCUUAAUAUGCAAGGGAAUAUAGCUGCCGAUCUUCCAGCGGGCACUCCUCUAGGAAAUGGACAUCAAAUGUCCGAAUCAAUAUGGAGUACCUUAAAGAUGGUUAUUUCACUUAUGGGUAGGAACGAUUUACAGGUCUACGUUAGUGAUCGCAAUCUUGAUGCCUUAAAUCAAUCAUUUAAGGAUUAAUUUUAUAUUUUCUAAUUUUCGGGUGAUGGGUUGGUUGGGUCAUUGUUUCAACUAUGCCGUAGGAAAGUAAGAAAAAACUUCACUUAUGAAUAAAAUAAAUUAAAAUAA